GAGGGAGGGAGAGAGCAAGAAGCAAAACCUAUAAGAAUAAAAUGAGAUCGUAAAGAAGGGCAGGGAAUAGGGACAUAACAGAGAGAGAGAGAGAGAGAGGAUUAUUUACCGUUGUGAACGAAUAAAUCUGUAUUGUGUGAAUCUGGCACAGAGAGGGAGGGAAGAGAGAGGCAAAGAGAGAGGAGGUUUAUAGCAGGCGCAGACCAGCAAAGAAGAGCGCGAGAGACAAAAAAGACCAUGUAACUGUAUUUUGGAAGGUUUUGUAUGUAGUAUUUGUUGUAUUUAUUGUUGUAUUUAUUGUAUUUUUUAAACCUGCUUUAAAAAUGCCUCGAGAAAAAGAUGUAAUCUGGAGCUGAAAUAGACAUACAGGUGGGUAAAAGAGGUGUGUGUGUAGGUGUGUGUGUGUGUGUGUGUGUGUGUGUGUGUGUGUAAGCGAGAGAGACAUCAAGUGCGUGUGUUGUGUAGAACAUUAUGGUAUCAUCUUACCUGUUCAUAGUGAUUGUUGUCAUAUGGGAACAUGUACGUAAUACACAUAUUUGAUAUAUUUAGCUUUGAUCUGUGUCCGAAUUUAACCUAGUUCCACCCAGCUGAGGUGCAUGAGUGUGUGAGUGUGACUGUCUGUAUGUGUGUGUAUGUAUGGACACACUGACUUUAAUGACUAAAAUAUUGUUUGCCUAGUGUCCCUGUGUCUAUGAUGCUACAUGUGAAGGCUCUGAUUGGUUUCCUGUAAAAUUAUCUUCCCUCCCUGCAGGUAUUGUGUAACAAUAAUAGGCUUAUUGUAAGCAGAGCUGAAUGAAGCCUUUCUGGGGUCUUAAGCAAAUUUCACAAUUUAUAAAACCUCUGUUUUUAACACUGACAUAGAGAGCAAAUCAUUCACCUUGGAUCUGCUCUUUAUAGGGUCCAUCAAUCAAAAAAACAGUCAGAGCUCUUGUUUUUCUAAACAAAAUGGCUUCUGUUUAAAAUGUUUUUGAAUAUACCAGCAAAAAUGAAGAUAGAUGUUGUUGCUUGUACCCAUAUGGUUAAAAAAAGACUUUCCCUGCUUGGCCCACAUGUCAGGCCUCUGCAUGCACCCUGAAUGUAGAUCCAACCAUGACAUUAGCUAGCUUAUCAUAGUAUGUGGUCAUCAUCAAUCAUUGUAUUGUAUCUGAUUUUCAAAUAACUAACUCCUCUUGAGCAAGCUAGCAUAACUAAUUAGAAGCUACAUCUGAACAUUAAUGCAGCUUGUUUUGCAGUUGGUUAGUAUUUGAAGUAAAGUUUAGGGCUAUGGACACUACAAACGGCGUAUUAGGGCUAUUGUGUGUAAAAAAAAUAAUAAAUUACGGAGCUGGGGGAGUUGGGUAAUAUUCAGAGAAAAACCUCAGAAUUUAGAGAUUAAAGUGAUAAUUUCCGAGAAUUUUUUUUUUAUUUUCUCUGAGAUUAUAAAGUCAUAAAUUUGCGAGAACAAUUUCAGAAAUUCUCUGAGGAUAAAAUCACAAAUUUAGCUGAUAAAACAAUCUCCACUGAAGGAUUUACUUGCUUGUUCUGGAGCUUUUGACUGUAUCACAUGGUCUUCAUCAGCAGUUGAAAUUUGCUCAGUUUCAACUGUAGAUGUUCAAAUUAUCAUUAUUCUGAGCACUUUUUGGACUUCUGAGUUGACAACAGUUAAGCUUGACAGUUCAUCAAAAACAAAACUUAAUCUGCUGAUGAAGACCUGUAAUCCGGUUGAAAGCUACAGAAGAAGCAAGCAAAUGGACCUCGAGUGGAGACGGUUUUGUCAACAUUCAGUAAUCACAUUUAAUGGGAUAUUCCUUCAUUAUUUGCACAUGGCAAACAGUAUUAGUAUGCUUAAGAUAUAAUAACCAGAAGCACCUGGUUAACAUUAGAGAUUGUGGUUAUGGCAACUUAACCCUAUGUCCUAAAGUACAACCAAGGUUAGGGGGAAAUGGUUGAAUAAUAAAAAAAUGUCAAACAUUUCCUGCACUGGUACAGAAUGUUGCUACUGGAUGAGAAUAUCUAAUGCAGCUGUCCGCCAGUGUGGCCUGCUUGGAGCAGAUACACAACAGAACUGAACUCUCUCUUACAGCAGCAAUGUGAGGGCCUGCGUAAGAUAUAUGCAACAAUACCUAGUUAGCGCCAAUGGCUACUACACAAAGUCUGCCAGUUAACUUUAAGAACUAACUUUGAUAAGAAGACGGAGUGACUGGUUCCUCCAUCUGCACAAACAGACUGCACAGCAAGGACUUUUCUCCAAUCUGGACCAAAGUUCUUCCCCACCUGGUUCAUCCACAUGGCCAGCUAACAAGGAGGUUUGCUAAGCUUUGUUCAUCUUUUAAUACAUGCUUGUGUAUAAUUAUGCUGGUUUCUUUAAUUUUGCACAAGAGUGAAUACACCAAAUCCUUUAAACUACUAGCUAUUAAUGGUAAUUUUGGUUAUAGUUAUUAAUUGAAUUAUUAAUCUGAGUUACAAAUUGAGAGUUUAGAGUAUUUUAUAAGAGUGAAUCAAUUAAUUAGCUAUCAUUUUCCCUUGUUUUAAGGGUGGUGCCCCAAGGACUUUAUUCAUUAAAGUUAUUAUUUAUGAUUAUCUUUGAUAAUUCUGAUUAAUUGAUUGCACCUACACAAUUCGGUGCCCCUUUAAUCAUUGUAAAUACCAGCAUUGACUUAAUUUACAGCGGACUGGUUGUCACAUACUGUGUUGCAUCAAGUCUGUGGGGAUGACAGAUGUCAGCUGGGCCAGUGUGCGGUGGGGCAGAAGAGGAGUUAGCAUGCUGCUGCUCUUUUGGAUUUUCAUAGUAGUCCCUCCAUCCCUCCUGCAGCCUCCUCUCCCUCUCUCCCUGCCAGUGCACAUGUCGGUCAUCCCUCCUCCCUGGCAGUUUCUCCAUCUGUCCCAAGCGGAGCUGGGCCCUCUUUUCUCCAACUCCAGCCCCUUUUCCUUCUCCCAGAGCCUGUUCAUGGUGUCCCCACCCGGCCGGAUCCCCAGACCAGUCCUCCAGGCUUCAUUUGGCCCUUACUCAGUUACACAGCACAUGUCAGAGCCUGUCCUCCCUCUCUCUCCCCUUGUGUCCGCCUCCCUCCUCUCAGAGCAUGUGGAAAGAGAGAGGGAUGAGGGAGGGCAGGAGAGGUUCAGGGUGAGGAUGCUGUUCCACAAGCGAGGCGAUACCAGCACCCGAGGGACCUGCAUCACCCUGCAUGCCUUCAAAGAGACAGAGGAGCACAAGGUCUCCUGUAUCACACAGCCUCCUCUAGGGCUGUGCUUGGUAACUCUGACACUGCCCAGAGACUGGUUCGAGGAUCAACACAGCAACCAAUCACAUCAGGAUUUGGACAAGUGGCACAGUAACAUCCACCCUCAUCGCCGGGUGCAGAAGCGGGAACAGCAGCAGGGCAGACAUCAUCACAGCAACUUUGUCAACCAUCAGCGUGUGACUUCUCCUUUACUGAGAUACCAACGGGGCCCCAUGAGAAACCAAAUACAGCUUUACUACUCCUCCUUCGACACAGUGGACGACCUAGAGCUGACACCACCAGGAUGUGUGGAGGACAGAGCUGCUCAGUCCCAGAGGCAGCUCUUCCAUAUCAAAGCAGUGACACUAAAGGAGGAGGAGGAAAGAGAGCAGAGCAGGACCAAAGAAGAAACCUGUUUGAACGGGCAGCAAGCGGAGGAGCUUAUCUUGGACUCCCAUGUUGUGAUUCGCUAUCACAGGGGCCCGGUCCUCAUAGGACAGCCAAUCAGGGUGUCUGUGAAUCUGAGAGCUAACUUCAGUGCUGAGUUUGUGGUCUUAAGGCUGAAGGUGAAGAAGGGCUUGGUGUCGAUGGUGGCCCAGAGAACUCUGACCUCUGACCUGUGGGCAGUGACCCUGGAGCGAAGCCAAGGCUCCAAACAUGAUGUGGUAUCCAUCUUCUGCCACAAACACAGCUCACGCAAGCACACAAACAAUCCCACACUCCUCCAGCAGGUGGUGUGUCUGUCAGUCGACGGCCUGAGGCAGAGCUUCGGUAUUGCCAUGACCGUGUCUGCCAACUGGUGGGUGGAGUACUCUGGGCAUAGUAACCCCCUAUCGCCACACGGGGCAGCAGUGAGCAUCUUCUCAUUCACUGAUCGACACAUCUUUGGCAUCACUCCCAUCACAGAGAGUAACACGAUCAUCAACACAGCCAUACUGACCAAUCAGCUGGUGUCACUUCCUGUCAUUGUGCUGGCCAUAAGUCGUGAUGGGAAGGUGUCAGAUGUCACCUCUGCUGUCACGUGUCACUCUACCAAUGAGAACACUGUCAAGGUGUCCAGUGAUUGCUCCACCCUCUUUGUGGACGGCAGCGAAUCAGGGUUGGGUAACACCUGUGCAAUAGUGGAGUUUCUACUGGGCACGCUCAGUGGCUCUGUGUGUCUGGAGGUGUGGGCUCCUUCAGUGCCCCUGCGAGUGACCUUGGCAGACCCCGUUCUCAAUGCCAUCGAUGGCUGGAACCACUUCACAGAGAAAGGGUGUGUGCCGGUGUAUCAGCGUUCCUCAGUCCAGGUUCUGACUCAAUUCACAGCUCAGGACUCCCACAGUAGAACCACACAUCUGCUGGGCUCAUCUGAUUGGUUUGUGGAUGUUACAGAGCUGGUCCGUAACUGGCUGAGAGUAGAUGACCCUCGAGUGGCUUCCCUUGGCACCCAGACCAACCUGAUUGGUUUACGACCAGGAAAGACAUCACUCCAUGUUGUCUCUGAGCAAUGGGAUGGCGUGCUGGGCAGAUGUGACAUCACUGUGACCUCUGACCCCGUAACCCCCGGGGACCUGUCUGUGCAGGUGGUCAGCGGCCUCGGCAUGUCAGUCACGGCCAGCCCAGCCCACCCUUCCAUCGUCACAACAACAGUGACAGCCUACAACAUCCUGUACAACCAUCACCAGGAGGCGUCCAUCAGUGUCUGGCUCCAGUUCAGUGACGACACUGCCUCCCUACUCUCCUCCUUCAGCGACCUACCCUUUUUCCUGCGUCUCUCCUCAUUGGCUGAGACCGUGGUUGUGGUGACGCCCAGCCCCAGCCAACGUAUCUUUGCCCAGGGCGACGGAGGCGGGCCUUUACUGCGUGUAGAACUACUGGUUUCAACCUGCACUGACCAGCCAAUCACUUCCAACUCUGUCAGUGAAGGUGACAGGGAUUGGAAGGACACCGGAGGAGGAGGAGGCGGGACCAGGAGGCUGGCAAGAGGAUCUGGUUGGAUAAGAGUCAACCUAGAACUGGGCUUCCUGCAGCCAGUAGGGGACAAGGAUGAGGAGGGCGAGGAGUUUGAGUUUGACAUUUCAGACACGCUGGUUGAGUCAGACAGUGACAUAUAUGCAUCGAACUUUGACGAGAACGAAAAUGGGAAUCUAAGCAGUGACUACUAUAACAAAAUCAGUGGAAAGAUGACUAAUAGAAACUGGAACGAGGUGGGGAACGGAAGGAUAGUCAGUCAGAACAAUCUGGAAAAAGCUGUGCUGAUGCCGAGCCAGGAGGAGGGCACUGUGUACUUCUCCCCGAGCCAGGAGAAAGGAGAGAGGGAGGAGGAGGAGGAGGAGGAGGAGGAGGAAGGGCAGGGAGCUCGAGAGCUUGAGGUCGGUGUGGGCGCUGUCCUCUCUCUGCUCUGUCUCUCUGCUGUCCUCUUCCUGGCAAACUGUCUGCCCUGUGCCCUGCGAGACAGGAGGAGGACAACGAUAGAGGCGAAGAGGGAAGGAGAACUAGAGGGAGGCGCAAAGGAAGAAGCGGAGAGGAUGAAGAGAGAAGGUGAAGAGAAGAUGAAGCAGCAGCAGGAGAACAAUAAAAAGGAUGUUAAAGAGGUAGAGAUCAUUUGGUGAUAAAUGUGCAGGCCGAGCUGAAUUUCAGCUCAAGUCUGUACUCACUUUGACAGAACAAUCACAAGGAACAUGAAGCCAAGUUGUUAUUUUAACCGCAUGCUAUCACCCUGUUUUGUACAAUGUUUACACUGCCAAACAAACCACAGCAUCGCCCCCAGUUACAGUUGGUGGAACCAUGACAUCAUUUUUUUUCUGGGUGUUCAAGUCUCAUAUUCGGUCCAUCCGGUCUUUAUUCAGUCCACAAAAAAAGCACUUGUUGACUUGGUGCAUGUGUUAUCAGUGGUUACACACAUCAGUGGGCCUGAAAACAAGCUAAUUGAUAUUUCAUUGGGUCCGUUUUACAAAUUACUAAAACUAAUUUAGCCUCACUGAAGUGAGAGUUGAGAGAGACAAUGUACCAUACAAUGUAAAUAUGUUUAAUAAUUACUUGUAUUAGAAAUUGUCUAACUCUGAAUGUUUUCUUUUCUGAUUAUGUUAUAUGUCAUUUUGUCAGUUGUCUGUUUCUGGUUUCAUGUCAGUGUGUUUAAUAUAAAGUGUGCUGUAUGAAGCUUUCUACGUUUUACAGGACGGCUGGUCCUGUGUGUUUUCUACUAAUAAAGAAAUGAGCCCGCCAUG